AUGUCAUUUCCAAGGUUGCCGUGUACGUUCGCUUUGGUUCUGUUAACCGCAAGUUGUGUAUUUUCGACUGCAAUAUAUGGCAGUACUGAUACGGAUGAUCGAACCUUUGUACAUUUUUUGCAUAAAAAUAAAUAUGGUUAUACAACGCCGCCGCCAACUACAACAACUGCCGCUCCUACAAAAUCACCGUCGGAAACUCUCAAGGACCUUCUACCGAUAAUAACUCAGGCUAUUAAGGAUGCUGGUAUCGGUGGAGGUACUGGUAGCGGUGGUGCUGCUGGAGGUACUGGUAGCGGAGGUACUGGAACUGGAGGCACUGGUACCGGUGGUGCUACUGGAGGUGCUGGUGCCGGUACUACUGGUGGUGCAGGUGCCGGUACUACUGGUGGUGCAGGUGCCGGUACUACUGGUGGUGCUGGUACUGGUACUACUGGAGGUGCAGGUGCUGGUACUGGUACUACUGGAGGUGCAGGUGCCGGUACUACUGGAGGUGCUGGUACUGGUACUACUGGAGGUGCAGGUGCUGGUACUACUGGAGGUGCAGGUGCCGGUACUACUGGAGGUGCUGGUACUGGUACUACUGGAGGUGCAGGUGCUGGUACUACUGGAGGUGCAGGUGCCGGUACUACUGGAGGUGCUGGUACUGGUACUACUGGAGGUGCAGGUGCUGGUACUACUGGAGGUGCAGGUGCCGGUACUACUGGAGGUGCUGGUACUGGUACUACUGGAGGUGCAGGUGCUGGUACUACUGGAGGUGCAGGUGGUGGUAUUACAGUUGAUGUUAAUACUAGUGCAGGUACUAGAUAUUUCAAUUAUCCAAGUCCUUAUUAUUAUGCUCCACCCGUUGGUCCUGCUUACAUGUCUCCACCUGCUAUAUAUGGUGCUCCACCGGCUAAUCAUUAUGCUCCACCCGUUGGUUCAGCUUAUAUGCCUCCACCUUCUAUAUAUGGUGCUCCACCGACUAAUCAUUAUGCUCCAAUUUCAUCGUUGCCAUAUCCUUACUUUUAUUGA